AAAAUAAUUAACCCGUCGUAAACUGAAAACUGGUUUCCGUUCUUCAUUUCUUCUUCGUCAAUCGCUCUUCACCGUACUCUCACACCCUCUGUCUGCUCAAAUAUCCUUUUCCCUUCUGCUCCUAUUCUCACUCAUACUAUUCCUUUUCUGCUGCACUUCCACUUUCUUUCCGCCCACACCUUUUAGUAACUCAUGCUCUUUAACUUCAUAUCCUUACCCAACAAGUUAACCACUUAACAACUGUGUUGUUUCUUUCUCAUUGUUCAAGUCCCUCUCUUUAGCUCACUUCCUUUCCAACCAAGUUGUUGGUUUCUAAGAAAAGGAGGAAAAUAAAGGUAGAAAAUUUCCAUCUGGGUCAUGAGAUUUUGUGCAUUCAAGUUCUGCAUUCCCCAGUUCUGAGCUCAAGCUUUUCCACUGUGUUUGAUUUGUUCAGAUCUCUCUCAUUCUCUUUAACCCAGAAAAUGCCAAGCUAACUCUUUUCAGCUAUCAGCAAUGUUGUGAAAAUUUUCUCUUUUUCAUUCUUUUGUGGGGUUGGCCUCAUCUCAUGGUCUUGUUAUUGGAACCAUUUGUGACAUUCAAGGUUGCACUUCUGCAAGACCGUUCUUUUGUUUCUUAAAAGUCUGAACCUUGAAAAGUAAUUGCAUUCUACAAAAUGGGAUCUUCUUUAGUCUAAUUUGGGUCCCAUCUCUCCCUAAAGUUCCAAUUUUUAAAACACAAACCCAUCUUUUCCUGUUACUUUCCACAUGAAUGAAAAGGGCUUUUACCCUAAGAUCUCCUAUCUAUCUUCCUUUUGCAGCUAUUAGUCUUGCAUGGUUCUCAUCACUGUCCAAUUUCAAGUUGGUUUGACAAGUUUAUGGUGCUACAUUGUCAAUGAUGCUCGUGGAAACAGUUUGUGUUUGCUGAUUGAGUUUCUGAGCUUUGGACUAUUCUUUAAGGUGUUUGGCCAAGUUGGAAUUCAACAUUUUUCACUUGUAAAUGUGACUUGGGCAAUUGGAUUCGUUGGUAUAUCUCUUUAUUUUGUCCCUUUCAACAUAUGUAAAUAUGCUUGAAAAGGAGUGUCUUUUUAGAUCACCAUUGUUGCUAUGUAUUUUGGUUGGCUUCUUGCUACUUCCUGUUGUGUCAGCUGUGAUACCAUUGGGUUCAAAACUUUCUGUGGUUGACAAUAACUGUUGGGUUUCCUCCAAUGGUGAUUUUGCAUUUGGGCUCUUUAACAUUUCAGAUGAACCUAAUCAGUUUAGUGCUGGCAUUCGUUUCAAUUCAAAGUCUAUACCGUAUGACCAACAAACAGUGGUCUGGGUUGCUGGAGCUCAUGACAAAGUGAGUAACAUGUCCUAUUUCCAACUCACACCUGAAGGGGAACUGAUCCUGUUUGAUUCCUUAAAAGGAUUCAUUGCAUGGAGGAGUGGAACUGGCAACAGAGCUGUUGCUUCAGCUGCUCUUCGUGAUAAUGGCAAUCUUGUUCUGAUAGACACAAAACAAAACAUCAUUUGGCAAAGUUUUGAUACUCCAUCUGAUACACUCCUUCCCGGACAGAGUUUAUCUGUUUAUGAGACACUUCGGGCUACAACCAAGAACCCCAUGUCUAGUUCCUACACUCUUUACAUGAAUCCUUCUGGUCAAUUGCAGCUUCGCUGGGAUAGUCAUGUCAUAUAUUGGACAAGUGAAAGCCCUUCUUCUGCUUCAAAUCUGACUGCAUUUCUUACAAAUGGUGGAGCUUUGCAACUUCAAGACCAAAGUUUAAAAGCUGUUUGGAGUGUGUUUGGAGAAGACCAUAAUGAUUCUGUGAAUUACCGAUUUCUUAGGCUAGAUGUGGAUGGCAAUCUCCGCUUGUAUUCUUGGAUUGAAGCUUCACAAUCAUGGAGAUCAGUCUGGCAAGCUGUUGAGAAUCAGUGCAAAGUCUUUGCAACAUGCAGUCAGCGUGGUGUCUGUAUCUUCACUGCUUCAGGUUCUACUGAUUGUUGGUGCCCUUUUGAGGUAACUGAGUCUAACCAAUGUUUGGUUCCAUAUGAACAGGAGUGUGAGUCUGGAUCCAAUAUGCUUAUGUACAAAAACACAUAUCUUUACGGAAUUUAUCCUCCUGAUGAUUCAGUUGUCAUAAGUAGUUUGCAGCAAUGUGAGCAGUUAUGUCUGAAUGACACGCAGUGUACGGUUGCAACAUUUUCCAACAAUGGUAGACCACAAUGCUCCAUAAAGAAAACUAAGUAUGUUACUGGCUAUGCAGUUCCAUCUCUAAACUCGAUAUCUUUUGUUAAAAGGUGUUCAGGUCCAUUUGCUGUAAAUCCUGGUCUCACAAAGUCACCUCCACCGAAACUGCCUCGUAGGCUUUGUGUUCCUUGUCUGAUGGGAGCAGCCUCAGGAACAUUUUUCAUCUUUGCUAUCCUCCAGCUGGGAAUUAUUUUCAUCAUCUUCAGAAGAAAAAACUCCACUAUGCGAAAUGUUGCUAUAGCUUUCACAAGCCCAAAUGCAAAAGGCUUAAAUGUGUUCUCCUUCUCAGAAAUCAAGAGCCUCACUGGGGAUCUCAAGGAUCAAAUUGGGCCAAACAUGUUCAAGGGUGUGCUACCGAACAAUCACCUGAUUGCAGUUAAAGACCUGAAUGCAUCCAUAGAAGAAAGGAAGUUCCGGAGUGCUGUUAUGAAGUUGGGCAACAUCCACCACAAGAACCUUGUGAAGCUGGAAGGUUAUUGUUGCGAGUUUAACCAUAGAUUUUUGGUGUAUGAAUAUGUCAAAAUCGGUUCACUGCAUAAAUACAUAAAUGAUUGUACCCUUUGCAAGAGGCUAACUUGGAGAAAGAGAAUUGAAAUAUGCUCAAGUGUGGCAAAGGCCAUUUGUUAUUUGCACACUGGAUGUAGGGAGUUCGUGAGCCAUGGAAAUUUAAAAUGUGAGAAUGUCAUGUUGGAUGAAAAUUCAGUGGCCAAGGUGUGUGAAUAUGGGUUUGCAAUAGCGGAUGGUGAGGCCACAUAUCGUGGCUUUUCAGCUGAGAAGGAUGUGGGGGAUUUUGGAAAGUUAGCGUUAACGUUGUUCACAGGGUGUCUAGUUCAUGAGCAACUUUAUGAGUGGGCUUAUACAGAAUGGAUGGAAGGUAGGGCAGUUAAUGUUGUUGAUAAAAGACUUGAUGGUGUUGUCAAUUCAGAGGAACUGGAGCGUGCGUUAAGAAUCUCAUUCUGGUGCCUUCAAAUGGAUGAACGUAGAAGACCUUCUAUGGAGGAGGUAGUGAGAGUACUAGAUGGUACAUUGAACGUUGAUCCACCACCGCCGCCAUUUGUCUUGCACAGGCCGUUACAGGAAGAUGAUCCACAAGAAAAUGGUUCAGAUUAAGGGUUUCAGUAGUGUUUAUUUAUGCCAGCUGAAUUUUUAGGAACUUGUUUUCAUUUAUUUCACUUUUUCAGUCUCCUUCAUAUUCAACUUGUAUAGUAGAAUAGGACUAACAUCUUAGUAAAAAGUUAGCCAUGCGCUAUAUUUUUUGCCCCUCAACUAAACCUAUAUGACGAUGUGAGCCAGUGACUGUAGACUUUGAAGACUAAAACUCUAAAAGCAUGUUUGGGAAUCCCUUUGGAGAAGGAAAAUUUUUUGUCGUUGACAUUGAAUGGGUGUUUAGGUGUAUCUGAAUGGUUUUCCAAACAUGCUACAAGUUGUUCA